AUGACAAAGUCUACAAUUUCCAACCUCAUUUCCGAAAGAGCUGCUGGUAGAGAAACCACCCACUUCGCCACGGGACCCAGUGAUGAACCUCCCAAGGGCUUCAAGCCCCACCCAAAGCCCUUGCCUUUGCACUGGGGAAUGCCCAACAAUGGAUUCUUUCCCAUUGACUCGAUCGACGUCAACUUGGUAGACUAUCCGUUCCAAAAGUCGUUGUCGUUGCCAGUCACUAAUGCUUCGUUGGAAAACUUGUCAUUGAAUCUGUCUACAGACAAGUUGGUUGAUUCUGCCAAGUCCAAUACUGUUCGCAUCGACAGAUUCACCGACGAUGAGAAUUUGAUUGAUAUCUCCAAGGGAUUGCAGUACUCAUAUACUAACGGUUUGGCGCCUUUGUUGAAGUUCACGAAGGAAUUCAUUUCCAGAGUGCACAAGCCUGCGUUUGAAGACUGGGAAACCAUCAUCACCACUGGUGCUGGUGAUGGCUUGAAUAAGGUGGCUGAUUUGUUCUUGGACCCUGAGGAUGUAAUCUUGAUCGAAGAGUUCACCUUCACUCCCUUCUUGGCUAACAUUAGACUGGUAGGCGGAAUCGCUGUUCCUGUCAAAUUGGAUAUCUCCCAGAAGAGUGAAGGUAUCGACCUUGAGUACUUGGAGGACUUGUUAGAAAACUGGGAAACUCUCAAGCCUGGAUUGAAGAAACCAAAAGCUCUCUACACGAUUGCUACUGGUCAAAAUCCUACUGGGUUGACCCAAGGUGUAGAGUUCCGUAAGAAGGUCAUCGCGUUGGCUGAUAAGUACGAUUUUGCUAUCAUCGAAGACGAUCCAUAUGGAUACCUUACAUUACCACCAUUCCAGAAACCUAAGUCGUUCUUGAAGUUGGACACUUUCUUGACUGUAGACGAUUACAUCAAAGACCACUUGACUCCUUCGUACUUAACUCUUGACACCAAGGGAAGAGUUGUUAGAAUCGAGACCUUCUCCAAAUUGUUUGCUCCCGGCUUGAGACUUGGUUUCAUUGUAGGACACAAGGAUGCGAUUAAGGCUAUUUCCAACUAUGCUGCCCUUGUCACCCGAUUCCCUUCUGGUACUUCUCAGUUGAUUGUCAACAACGUCAUCCAACAGAGAUUCGGCGGUGUAGAUGGCUGGUUGCAAUGGAUCUUGAAAAUGAGAAUUACCUAUGCACACAGAAGAGAUGUUUUGUUGGACGCUAUCUACGAGUCUGAGGCUUACAAGAAGAAGUACAUCGACAUUAUUGAUCCCAGCGCUGGAAUGUUCGCAGCCCUCAUCGUCAACUUCCCAGAGGGUACCGAUAUCGCUGCUAAAAUCAAAUUGUUGGAGUGGAAGCUUAUUGCCUACGGUGUGGGUGUAGUGCCAGGGCUCAACAUGAGUGUGGAUAAGAAGUUCAGCUUGGCCAGAGCCAACUUCCUCAGAUUGACCUACGCUCCAGCCAACAACGACGAGGAGCUCAAGGAGGCUGGUGUCAGAUUGACCAAGGCUGUAGAUGAAUUCUUCGAAAACGGCUUGGAAUUUUAG